AUGAAACAGUCUAUUCUCAAACCAAUCCUUCUCGGAUUGACUUUGCUUGCUCUCUCCGCCAUUGUUGUCAUGGGUAACAAGCCAACUGAUACCUACGCUGAUCAUCAACAAUAUUGUUACAAUAAGUGUACUCAUUACAAAACUAUUCAAGGUAAAUGCGUUGAUUAUGAAUGGAUUGGUACCAAGAAGGAAUGCUGCGAUUGGAAACUUGUUGGAAAGGGUAAAUGUUUAGAAUAUAAGAAACUUCACAAGUGUGAUAAGUAUAGUAAGAAUGAAAAGAUUUGUUUGGGUCAUGGUUACAAACAAUUCUGUACUAAAGUAACUAAACACAAGAUGUGUGCCAAGUAUGAAUGGAAGGAAUUGUGUAAACAUCACGGAAAGAAUAAUGCAUGUGAUGAGUAUGCUUAUCAUUUCAUUUGUAAAAAGUAUGGACAUUCGGCUAGAUGUGUUGAAGAAACCUACGUUCCAAAGAUUAAGUAUUAUCAUAAGAAGAGAUGUGCCAAGUAUUCUGUUCAUUCCUAUUGUGCCAAGUAUAAGAAACUCUCAAGAACUGUUCAAAAAUGGGUUCCAGUUAGUAAGAAACAUUAUAAGGGUUGGAUUGACCAUUAUUAUAAGCAAAUUUUGGAAAAGAAAUAUCACACCAUUUGUGUUGCCUAUGCCAAGAGAAAGACCUGUACCAGAUAUGAAAAUGUCAAAUUCGCCAAAAAGAUUGGUUACGAAAAGAAGUGUGUUAAAUUUGUUAGAAACAAAUUCUGUAUCAAGAAGGAAAAGGCCAAGUUCUGUACCAAGUGGACUCCAAGCAAAUUCUGUGAUCUCAAAGAAAAGGUUAGAGUUUGUAAGGCAUUCAGAGAAGAUAAGUUCUGUUGUGAUUAUGCUGCCAAGCCAUAUUGUACUCAAUACAAGACUUUGAAGGCAAGAUGUAUCAAGAGAUCUCAUAAGAAGAUUUGUGUUAAGAAAUCUAAAGGUUAUAAGGUCUGUGCCAAGUAUAACUUUGUUGGUGGAAAGAAGGUCUGUAGAAAGCAUGCUGAUAAGAGUAUUUGCGCAAAGAAGGAAAGAGUUUGUUCCAAAGUUGAUGUUUAUCAACCACCAAAGAAAGUUGAUACCUAUAAGAAGUAA